AUGAGCAGGAGUCCCCCUGAAAGCUUUGCACGUCAAAGCUCAAGCCUCGGUACCGACUAUGUCCUUCCCAAUCCCAUGCUGGCCUCGUCUAUACAGCCCAGUGUCCUGUUGACUACUUCUGAGUCCAACCAAAUGUCUUCGGAAAGAGGCAAGUCGUUUAGUGGCUAUCAGGAGAAUAGUUCAACACGUCCUCUACUCAAUUCCGUAUCAGAGGCUUCCCCAACACCCAACGUUCUUAUUCCACGUCGCGAUAGCUCCGAGGUCUGUCCCAAAAGUUAUGCUGCAACCCCUACUACUAGCCGCAGUCUUCCUGAUGAGGAUUCAACGAAACCUCGGCUAAACUACCAGGCGAUAGUCUCGCCAAUGCCGUUGCUAUUGGACAACAUUGCCGGCAGCGUCGCCUCGGUACCGGCCCAUCUGUACGAGGAGGAAACAACGGGAGACUCCUCGUCCACGCAUUCCUCUAUCUCCUACUCGCGAAAACCUACACCCAGUGAAGUGUCCAUCGAAAACCCCAAACUUGACGGUUAUUCCUCCAAUGAGGACCCGUUUGUCUAUCAUAACUUUGCCGCCUCCCUUUCAACCUCUCCACAAACCCCAAACCCCAGGGCUGAGAAAGAUGCGUUGACUUCGGUCAGUGGAAAGGCCGCCGCCAUGCAUAACUCGUUGGUAAUUAAGGCUAAAAAGGAAUGCAAAGUGGUCGGAGUUGGGCACAUGGGCCCCUUUGUGGUGACGAAUUUCACGGCCCCUGACUUAUGGGAACAGGCGCCAGACCCUCUGUUGGGCACUUCGCCGCCUGUUCGAUGGCGGAUGCUAGGUGGUCCUGGUCUGAUUGAUGAAGAAAAAAUCAGUUCUGUAUAA